CAUUUCAGGAAGCAGAGCCCCUCCUCAAAGCUGCAUACCACAAGAAACCAAAAAGACUAUCACACUGUUACCUCUGGACUCUACAAAGCCUUGGAAAAUAUGAUGAAGCACUGAAAGUAACUGAGGAAUCAGCAGAACUUUGUCAGCUGUCCCUAGAUGGUUGCUUUUCGUUGGCACAUUUGUACAUCCGCAUUGGUCAGUUUCACAAGGCUCGCGAGGUCUGCUUUAGAGCCUUGGACAUGCUGGAGAUAAAUUUAGAUGCAGAGCUAUGGGAAAUUUUGAUAACCCUACAACUUGCUGAGAUCUCUACUAAUCUUGGAGAACAUGGCAAAACCAAGGAGCUUGCAAUUUCGAUAGAACAAAUGAUCCUGAAGACGGAUGAAGGACAGCUCAAAAGGAAACCCUUGGCAAUGUUGAAUGCCAGAUUUAACUUGGGUAUAUUGUUCUCCUCAUUGGGUCAGAUGGACAAAGCCUACUUCUGGCACAAGAAAACUGUCAAAAUGUGCAACAAGAUCUUUGGCAUGAAUGUGGCUCACCACAUCACGGCGUCGUGUUUUCGGGAGCUGGCUCGCAUCACGUUUCUCCAUAGCGAUUACAACACAGCCGUUUGGUAUGCAGAUUUGUCCCUGAAGAUGAUACAGAACGUGCACAUCGGCAAUUAUCAUCCUGAUGUCGUCAAGAGUUUGAACGUUUUGUUCGAUAUUCAUUGGGAGCAAGACGACAAUGAGCUAGCCAUGCAGAUAGCUGAAGAGGCACUAGAACUAUCUUUGAAGACAAGUGGCAUGAACAAGACAAACCUUGCCCAGGUAUACACCAACCUAGGAAAGAUAAGCAGUGAUACUGGGUCCCAUUCAAAAGCUAUCCGGUGCCUUGAGGAGGCACUGCGGAUCGACCGAGAACUUUACCAAAACAAACCCUCGGGAAACACAGCAGUCAGCCUGGAAGGCUUGGGCAUCUCUUACUGGAAAGCAAGGAACUAUGAGAUGGCGAUGAAGUACGUGCAAGAAGCACUACAUAUGCAAGAGAACCUUUAUGGAAAGGACACUCCCAGGCCUAACACUGCUGAAAGUCUCCGCAUUCUGGGUUACAUAAAAAAGGACAUGGGUGAUCACGCAGAGGCUGUACAGUAUCUUGAGAAGUCUCUGUCCAUGAUGAAAUUGGUUUUUGGUGGUCGUGUGACGGACAGAAUGAUUGACACUAUUCAAACACUUCAGGAACUUGGGUGGAUGCCAAAAUAAGAUUUGAAGGACACAUAAUUUUUUAAGUUUAGGAUGUGUAUUAAGUGCUUGUAUCUGAGGCUGAAAAACACUGUGCUGUACAUAACUAUUAUGAGCUUCUUAUGAUACCAUUGUGGUAUGCCAUAACUUGUGAACCAACAAUACAGAAAGGUUAUUGCAAGUCCUUGUAGGCUAAUUGCAAGUACAUGUAACAUGAAAAUCAAGGAUGGACAACACAUAACAAUGUAGUAUGUGACUAUAAUAACUACUAACCACUACAUACAUGUACAAUCUGUCAUCUGUCGAGCUAUAAUAAGGUAUUAAGAACUUCGAUUCCCAAUAUGGCAGCCAGAAACGUGAUUCAAUUUAGAAAGGAGAGGGACAACUUGAAAGAAGUACUGGAGACGUACUGUGUGUUUUCUAUUUAUAAUUGCAUUAGACACAUUAAUAUUGUAUCUAGUAGUAGACAGCUCACACAAUGUCCUUGCUCCUUUACAUUGUGGUCAAUUGUGGUGUUUCAAAGGGCACACCCUGUCCAUUACAACUAAGGUACAAAAUGUAGUAGACAGGGCAGUUGACCAGUCCAUUACUAUCGGGUAGCAUUACAAGAAGGAUUGCAUGUCGUACCUUAGAAAUAAAUUGAGAUGAGUGACGAUGAUAAGAAAUUUAAAGUUAUUUCCAUGAAAUUAAUGCCAAAAUUCUUAUUUCCCAGAAUCCCGAUAUACAUUUGUAGGUAAAUACUUGAAAGCAGAGAUAGAAUUUGUUUGGUCUAAUAAAUGUUAUACGUUU